AUGUGGAUUCAAGUAAGGACAAUGGAUGGUCAGAGAAGUACGCAGGUGGAUCAGCUAAGCAAGCUUACAAAAAUUGAAGAGCUUCGCAUCAAACUGGAAGCCGCAUUUGAAGUAUCCCCCAACAUGCAGAGGCUUUUCUUUAGAGGCAAGCAGGUAAUUUAUUUGGCUGCGUUAUGAUUACUCCCUGAGUUGUGGAUUUAUUUCUCGCGUCUUUGUGUUAAAGUUAAUGUCCUUCUUCAUGGCAAAGGAUUUAUCUCUUUGCACAGUGUGCCUUUUCUGGUCUUACGAAGGCAUAAGACAUUGGCUAUACAAAACUGUACAAAUGUAACAGUACUUGCUAUCGCCAAAGCCUUGUGCCUUGUUGCCUUAUUUUGUAGUACAGUACCUCCAUUCUAAUGUUAAUGAUUUUAAAAAUUGUCUUCUUUUUAACCCUUUCAUCCCAGAUUAGUUGGGGCCACAAUUUGUUACUCCAACUUUUAUCUUGUGGAUGAAAUCUUCUUUUGUUACCAUUCAAAUGAAUCCUCUAAGGCAGAUCUUUUAUGUUAUGCUAUUUAUUUUUAUAUUUAUUUAUUUGUAAGGGUUUUAGGGAACAAAAUUUGAAAUUUGUUUUUGAAUUAGUAGAGGGUGAUGACCGUUGCUAUCACGCAGUGUACACUGCUAAAAGUAAAGUUGAGCAAUCAUUGGAAUUUUUAUUAACAUUUCCAUUUUGGACAAUUUGUCCUGAGUACACAAAAUUUUUAAUGGAAAUAUUGUUCUUUAAAUUCUCAUGAGUCAUCUCAUAAAAAUGUUAGUGUAAAAAUAUUUGAAACAGUACUUGAAAUUGAAAACUUGCAUUUCAAUGACACUUCAAACUUAUUUUAUACAAUGUACAUGAACAUGAACAUGUAUGAUGAGGUGAUGCAAUAGAUGAAUACAAACUGCACAUGCUUGUAAAUCCAUUUUAAGCAAAUACAACUACCUUAGGACUAGUAUUUAGGAUGUAUUGUCCCACUAACAUCCCCAUUUGCAACAGUCUUAUUUCCUUAUACGUACAUGUAUCUCAGGACACAAACAAGAAAAUAAAGAAAAAAACGUACAAUUUACUUCAUUUGUUUGAGUCAAUAAGGCCUCACUAUAUAGCUCAAUAAUACAUUACGUACAGUGUAUGUAAGAAUAGGGACUCUGUAACAUGUAGUUAGCAUAGCACUUGCGACCUUGUGCCAAAAAAAAAUAUAGAUGGACAGCUACAGUUUGUGUACUAUAUUUUUUUUCAGGCUCAUUUUCUUUGAAGAUAUCAAACAUUUUAAAAUUAUAAUCUUGUUAAUAUUUUUUUUUACCAUUAUGGUCAUUUUCAGUUAAGCUUAUUAGUUCAGAGAGCAGAAGUCUUUUGAAGUGGUUUAUAAGGGUUUGGAUCACAGCCAGAUCAACAGGCAUGACUUCUGUACCACUCUCCUGGAUGGUUUCCAAAAGUGGAAAUAAUAUUGUGGUAUAAAUUGGUGUACUCAAAAGCAAACAUCACCAUAGAAAUGUCAUAGGAGCUCAUUACGUGAGCUUGAAAUAAUAUUACACGACAUCAUUGGGAAUGAUGCUGAACUGCUAAAAGUACAACUGAACGACUUUCAACCUUUGUCUUUGUUAUCUAUUGUGUAACUUCCAAAAAGGGAUAUAAUUUAAGCUUUGCUUGAUUCGACACAGUUCAAAAGUUAAAUAUGUUAGUGCAUGGUACAUUUAACCAUCCGUUUUUUUGCCAAAUACAAUCCAAGAGUGUCUUUGCAGCAAUUUGAAAUUGGAUUCAAUUUACCAAUAGUGGUCACCCCAUGCAUACUAUUUGAAACAAAUUUAUAAAAAGAAUGUGAUUUGCUCAGUUGACCCUCAUAAGUGUGAGAAUAUUAUGACAGAAUCAGUAACAAGAAUUAAGUUUCAAAAUGGAUGUAGUUUCAUCCAAAAUAUUGUAUAAAAUAAAAAAAGAAGGGGUAAUCUUGAAAAUUGCACCAUUAUUUCCUCUGUUAUAGAUGGAAGCCUUAUUAGAGGCCCAGAGUGUAAUGAAAUGUUCAUGGUUUGGAUGAAACUACAUUCAUUUUGAAAGUCAUAUUUUCUUUCCUGCUGAUUCUACAGAAAAAUAUGGUUUAUUACACCCUCAGCCUCUAAUAAGCCCCCAGUCAGUAAGCCCCUGGUUCAUAAUAGAGGAAAUAAGGGUAAACUGUACAUGUACAUUUAACAUUUAAGAUAAUCCCCACCUUUUUUUGGGAAAUUUAUUAUUGUCACUAGUCAUAUUGUGGGGGAUUUUCUGAGAUAAAAAGCAAUAAAAUGUUUGAAGUUCAGUACUUGGUAAGUGAUAAAAAUUGAACAUGAGCACAUUUAUCUUUCAUUGAUUCUAUUCAUAUCUUUUAUUGUAUACAUAUUUCACCUUUAUUGAUCAGCACGUUCAAAUUUUUUUAAAAAUAUUUUUUAUCAUUUUAUUAACAUUUUUUACACGGCCCCAUAAGCUAUAUUAGCUUUAAAGCCCACCGUGUUUAAAUAAAAGAUGUUGUUGUUGUUGUUCGAGAUCUGUACUGCAAGUUAGACACCUAGUCUGAUGGGGAGUACUCCGGAUUUCAAGUGAUUGGAAUGAUCAAACAUUUAAUGGGGGCAAAAAUCAAAACCCCAAAAAAUCCCUGGACCAAAAAUUAACCCCCCCAAAAAUCUCAUACUUAAUUUCUGAGCCUUAAAUUUUUUUCCUGAAAGCAUUCAAAUAAUGAUAUAACACAAAAAAUAAAAACAUUAGCAAAAAGCAUUCACAGCACUAUGGGGCCGGGAUUUGCAUGCACUACCACGAAUCUUUAGAUUGUUUUGAAUACCCCAAGAAAUCUCUACUUAAAUCAAGCCACCCCAAAAAAUUCCGGAAUCAAAAAUUUCAAACUCAAAAAAUUGUUCGAUCAUCCUUGUCACUUGAAAUCCAGAAUACUUCCCCUGGGCACCUAGUUUAUAAUGACCUGUACACUUGAGGCUUGAACCAGAAAUCCAUGCAGUAAAGAAAAAAGCACAGAAAAACUUGAGUGCAUCUUUUUCAUUGUGUUUGAGAGCAUUUAACCAGCAUGAAGUUGACUUUUGCAAUUUGUGCGGUUGUCAUCUGCUGUAAAUGUCAUUCAAAAUCUUCCUAAUACCAAUAAUUUUAUUUCUGUAUUAAUUUAUCCAUCUUUUAAAUUUGUUUUAUUCCUAGCUUGAAGAUGGUCACACGCUAUUUGACUACAACGUUGGGUUGAACGACAUUGUGCAGCUGAUGAUAAGGACAGCUCCACCAUCCGCUGAUGACGAAAAUAAUGGCAAAAAAGAAAGCAAAAAAUCAGAAAAUAAAGGAUCCUGCGAUUCAAUCGUUAAUGGCCAUGUCUCAAAUGAUGAUGAGGUAUAAUUGCAAGAAAAAAAUAUAAAAAUUGUAAUUAAAGGCUCAAUUUAGUAGGGGUAGGCUAUAUAGGAUUGAUUUUACUGCAUUUAAUGAUCUAUAGAAGCCGAUUAUCUAUAAGAUGCCUAAUGUGUGUGAUUCCACAAUGUUUUGGCUUCAUUAAUAGUCUAUUACUGAGAUCGUUUCUCAUAUUAUUAAUGAAACCCAGCAACAGUAGUAGCCGUGAGUGGCACAACUAGCACCAUCACGGCAGCCGAAAGAAACAUGCUUGCUGUUCUACAGUGUACUUAGCCUGAGAAAACAGUCGACAUUUGGUGACGCUACCAUUGGUUUCCCCGCCAAAUCUCAGCUGUUUUCUCAGGCUUCAAUUAUUUUUGAGAGGGGCCAACGGGGGGCACAAACCCUAAUUCCCUUCAAACACUGUAAGUAACUUUGAAAUUACAUGCAAUAAAUUAUUUGCCAAAAAGUGGAUUUGACUUGACUUCUUCUUGGAGAGACUUCCUAUGGCUUGAUUCUUGUAAGCAACCUUCUCCCAUACAUUUUGAUUGGUCCCUUACAAGAGGUUCAACUAUAAUAUCUUUAUGGCUGGCUUGUCUCCCAGCCCCCUAUUUUUGAAUGAUCUGCGAUCCAGACCUGUUAGGGUAUCAUAUAAAGAUAGCAAAAGGCUUCUAAAGAGAGUUAGUUUAUGGACAAUGCAAGAAAACUGAUACGGCUUCCACAGAAGAGUAGUAAAACUACUGAUGCCUCUGUAAUGUUAUCUGAACACUCAGUGCUUUUAGCAUUGUCUUGGGUUUAACUAGUGUCAAUUGUAUUCAAGAUUCUUUAAUCUCACUUCUCUGUUUAAAGAAUUUCAUAUUUCUUUUUCUGUUUUGAUCAUAACUUAAGGAUAUGGAGGACAGCAAAAGUGAACCAGGCACAUCAGAAGACCAAACUUUGAAAAGCGUUUAUAAAGUGCGUAUCAUGACUACCAGUAUUUUUAUUAAUUUAUUCAUUGUUAUUCCUAUACAUUUUUUUGUUUAUUCUUUGCCAUUUCCUCUUUUGAUGUACACUGUAUCAAUCUGCUGAUGGUGUAAUUCAUGAAUAAUUUUUACUGGUUUCUACAUUCUGUUUCUCAGAAAGGCGAAAUGAUAGAUGCUAAAGAUCCCACGAUGGGAGCUUGGUUUGAGGCAAAAAUAAUGGACAUAUCUUUGGCAGAUGAAACUGAUCUGUCUUCCAUUCUGUAUCAUGUGGUUUUUGAUGGGUAAGACACAAAUAUAUUACUCUCUUCCUUGACCGGCCAUUUCAUACUAAGCAACCAUUAAACAGUCAAUCAGUCCUGCUGUCAUAGGUUGAAAUUCAUCAAUCAGUCCGUUACUAAAUGUAUUGUUUGGUCAAUGAAGGUUCAAUCAAUUAUUGUGAUAAAUGACUGUGUUUGUAGUUAGAAGAAAAUGUUAUGUCAUGUUGCCAUGGUAGAAAAUUUCUGGAUGACAACAAACCGAAAACAUCAAGGUUGUAUUUCUUAGUAUUCCUUCAAGUUGUAAUAAAUUUUGAAAUUUUUCUGUCCAGUGGUGAAUAAUAUGAUUAGAAUUUCAAAGAAAGGUGUUUUAAUAAUUUGUUGCUGAAAGGCCAUACAUCCACCACUUUCACUAGAUGUAAUAAGGCUUAAAGAAGGAAGGUUCUUCCUCAAAAAAAAUUAAGGCAUCAAAUUCGUUUUCUUAUAUCCUUCAAGAAGUUGUAUAUUGUGUAGGAGGAUAUGAUGUCCCUUUAAAGUCACUUACUGAUAUCAUUUCUUCUUGUUAAUCUGUAGAUACGAGGAAGAUGAGAUACACAAACUACCUGAGAAUGCUAUCAGACCCAUAGCAAGAACAGCGCUCACAUGGGAUCAAGUGAGUAUAUCAUUUAACUCACUAUCAAUAUGUGUCGAUGAGUUUGGGAACUGGUGACCGGAAAGCAGAGGGGGUGGCUUUGGCUAUCAGCUCAGCAGGGUGAUAACUAUGGCAACCUGUAAGCAGGAGCCUUUCCCCCACCUCUGCACCCCCCUUGAAAAUGACCUUACCAAAGCUUCAUCACAGUUGAACAUCAGUGAAAAUAUUAUACCCUACCCACCUACACCAACUUCUUGUUAAACCGGCAAACAACAAAAAUCCAUGGUGGGUGGGAAGAUUCAUCUUUAGCAACCUCAAGAUGCUCUUAUUUUUGUUCUGAAUCCACAUUUAUUUUCUACCACCCAUCGGUAAUGUCAUAUUAUUAUUUUCUUCACUUUCUCGUCAGAUUUCAAUUGGUCAGAUAGUGAUGGCUAACUACAAUCCAGAUGAACCAGAUGAGAGAGGCUACUGGUAUGAUUUCAAAAUCACAAAAAAGGUACUGAGGAAAUGAAAAUAGUAUAAGGCAGAGGCUCUGAUUUGCUUGUUCAUCUCAUCUGAUAUAUUUUCCAACUUCUUGGAUUAAUUUGACAGUAUGAUGGUCUUACAAGAAACAGCAGAGAACUCUAUGCUAGAUUAUCAUUAGGGUAAGCAAGGAAAAUUAAAUUGUUCUUUCCUAGGGAACGAAGUUCAGUGCUAAUCCAGAAACUCCCAAAGUUAAUUGUUGGGACAUGGGAAAUUCCAGUUUUCCAGUAUUUCGCAAAUCUUUCCCUUGUUUGUUUUUGUUUCUUUCUAUCUGAGGCUACAUUCACAAGGCACACUGUGAAUUUUCAAGAUUGAACUUUUGAUGAAGAUGGAAAUGGAUUGCAAUUUUGUUGUUAGCCUAACAGUAUUUUAAAGUUCAUUUUUGUUUUUAGUAAUGUUUGCAAAUAUGACUCAGGAGACAUUAAGCUCUGAUUUUGUCAUUGACAAGUAUACUACACUGUAGUUUUUCAAGUUCCAUUGAGAAUAAGGAUGUUUAAUAUUGGCAUAAUAGAAAAAAUGAACUAGCCAGCUGUGACAUAGUUCAGCCCCUUUAAUGAAAAACAAGGAUCAUAAUACGUUUCUGGGAAAUUGCCCACCUACCCCUCCCUUAAGCCAACAUUUUGCCCUAAAGGAGAAGUAAGUGUUAAUGUUGGCUUAGGGGAGGGGUAGGUGGGCAGUUUCCCAGAAAUGUAUAAUGAUCCAACAAUUCUGUACUACAAUUCUGUCUUUUUAUUGAGCACUAUAUACACUAUAUUAAGCAUUGAAAUGCCUUUGUUGCUUUUUUGGUUUAAGAACCAACACAGAAGACACUGUUUCUCAGGAAUGUAAACUCAAAUUUAUAGACAAAGAAAUAUUCAAGAUUGAAAGUCCCCCAGGUAACUGGUUUAGCACUUAUUUGCAAAAUUAUGGGUGUGUUCCUUUCGGUGAAUCCAAAAAGGGAUUUUAGAUCUAAGAACGGAUUUCGCAUUCCUUUCGGCAAAUCCAAAUCCGGAUUUUUGAUCUGGUGAAUCCUUUUUGAAAAAGGAUUCAUUGGAUUUGAAAUCCGAAGAAUCCAAAUCCAGAUUAACGGAUUAGUGAUCUACGCUGUUCCAUUCACAGUGGAUCCGAAAUUAGUCAGAUGAUCCAGCGGUAUUUCCGGUUGAAGUAUUCCCAUAGAGGCCGUAGAGUUUCCUUGUUGCUGUCAUUUGCUGCAAAACAUCUGAAAACACUAGAAGAUUGUUCCUGGUACAUUAAAAUAUCCAUAUACUAACCAUUUGUCUCUAAAGAUUGCUUGAAAUCAGAAAUAAGUAACAGUAACAAAUUAACUGCUAUCUGACUACAAACUCGCUUGUAGACGCGACAGGCACUCCGUUACGGAGCUACGGAACUGAAUCAAACUGGCCGACAUUCUUUAGAUAAUUUUCAAUUUAAUGCGCUUCUUUCUUUGUCUGUUUUAUAUGUUCCAUCGUCGCUAUUCGAACUGCCGACCACUAAAUUCUGCACGGUAUAAUCGCAUAAUUUGUCAAACAGUAGAAAACACGUCAUUUCUUGAGAGGCUGUCAUGCAUAUUGCACGCGUUGGCGAAAGGUUACCACGGUUACAAAUCCAAUUUCGGAUUUCAUGUUCCUUUCGACCUCGAAAUCUGGCAAAUCUAGGAUCAAAAAUCCGUUUUUGGAUUCGCCGAAAGGAACACACCCUAUAGGUGCUUGCUUGUAUCCUUUCAUGAUCCCUCUAACUUUUAGCUGAAGUUCAUGAGUAAAACAUAAGUGUAAAGAGAUCCUUAUUUUGGUUUUUCAGUAACUCCAACAGCCUGUAACAGUAAUUCAAUUGACAAACCUGAGGCUGACAAUGGUUCAUUUUACCCCCUUUCUCAACAUCAAUGUUCCAUUUUAUGGGUAUUUAAAGCUACAUGGAAAGGUCAAAAGUGGAAGCAAGGAUUUGAGGUGACUGCUACGAAUCAACUUCAGAACCUCCCCCACAGAAGGCCACAUACUACCCAGCUGUGUUAAUCAUUGCUCCUUUCAACCUUUUAAACCCUAAGAUCAAAAUUUGAAUUCUCAUCUGUUGCCCCUGUUCAUUUCCUACAGAAGUAGCAGGAAGAAGUUGACAAAAUAUCCAGCAAAUUUAUCUUGUGUGAUCAUGUCUGUAAUUCUCAUGACCACUCUGUUUUACGAAGCAUUGAUAUAACGAGGAGAAAUUUGAUGCUUAUCACUUUUAGGGUUUAAAGGGUUAAAUUAAGUGGCAAAAUUAACUCAAAAGCUUGUUGUAUUUUGAUGUACUGUUUGUAGAUCCUAGCAAUUCUGAGGAAUCUGCAAAUUCACUCAAUGGAAAAACAUCCCCUGCUAAAAGUAUGUAUCGUAUCAUUUGUAUUAAUUUUAAAGACUGGCAGUUUGUUGUAGUUUUAGAGAGAGUGUAUACAAUCAUAAAAGGGUUAUAUAUACAUGCAAGUGGUGUUUGUAAGCACAGUCAUGAGGAGUACAUUUCAGUUCAGCAAAGGAGUAUCGUUGUGUUUCGGUAGUUAAUUUUAUUACUCGCUUGUUAUUGUGAAUUAAGAAAGCUGUUUUAACAGUUAAAGUCAGGUUUUUGAGCCAAAAAAUAAACACCCAAAACCUCACUUAACACAGCAUUGUCCCAAGCUAUCCAUUAUUUAUUAGUUCCCCAUUUUUGUAUGUUUCUGCAGCUGUAUUUAAACACGUAUAUUUUCAUAUGCAGUUAAUUUUUUUUUCUUGGUCUUUCAGGGCAGGUGAAACCUGAUUGCAAUUACUGUAAAGAUAAUCCAAAUAAAUCCUGCAAGCAUUGCGCAUGCCACAAGGUACUUCAAAUAUCAUUGUGUAAUAGGGAGUGAUAAUUAAUUUCAGGGAACAUAGCAUACUUGGCCUUUCCUCCCCUUCUUUCUCAACCUUGCCUUCGUAAUUGCAUGUGUAUCUUACUAACAUUCCUAAAUCAGGUCUCAGUAGUCAAAAGCUACCUUAAUCAGUUCACUUCUAGACCAACAAUGAAGGUCAAAAGUAUAGGGAUCUUCCCAGUGAUAAUUAUUAGCAAACUGGGGACCUCUCCCCUCCCACCCCAAACAAUGUUGAAUUUUGUACAAAAUGGAUAGAAAUGAGUCCUCUUUUGGUUGCAACAUUACUAGGGGGAGUGGGGGGAUGGAAGGGUAAACUCUAAGCCAAUCAAAUAAUUGUCAUUAGGAGCAGAGUCCCAUUUUCACAAUAAUUCCUUGCAAUGUUUUUUCAGCUAUCCUAAGUUCUCUUGAUCCCCACUGAAGUUACCACAAGAUAUUUUGUCCCUUUAACAUUUUAUUCUGAGUGAGUGAGCCAAAAUUUGUCUGUUGUGUUCAUUUGUCUUCUGACAGUGUGGUGGAAAGGAGAACCCAGGCGACCAACUGCUGUGCGAUGAAUGUGACAUGGCUUAUCAUAUCUACUGUUUAGUUCCGCCACUUGAAAAAAUUCCUGACGACGAUGAAUGGUGAGAGGUUUUGUUAGUCAUUCCACCUUUUAUAGAUUACUCCAAGUCCAGGAGAAUACAAAAUAAUAUUAAUAGUUUGUAAUGUAUUGGCUGGCUGUUGGUAUUGUAUGUUAGGCAAUACCAUAAAGUUUUAGAAAACUUCCAUGAGUUAAUGAGAGUUACAUGAAUAAUUAUUGAAUAAUUAAUAAGAUACGGUAUUAUGUCAUAAAAACUUUCAGUGCUAUAGAUAACAGUGCUUACUUGCCUGCCUGGUUUUGAUGUAUCUUCAUUCAUUGAUUUUUAGGUAUUGUCCACUCUGUAAAAAUGACACUACAGAGGUAAGGUGUGACAGUGUUGUUUGUUCCAGGCCCUCACAGCCCACCCUAGGUAAAAUUCCCAGAUGGUUGCUUUUGUUCUGUUCUGUAAACACUUGUAGUCGAGAAAGCUUUCCUGUGAUUAAAUGAGUUGUGUUCUAUGGCCUCUUUCAAGUUCUUUGCCACAUAACUACAUUAUAUAAGGCUCAAGUUUCCAGUGGUAUUGGUUAAUUACUGGACCAGUAUGCAUGGGCAUAUAGCUACCUGUAUGUUAGUAUGCACACAAAGUUUUUCGCAUUUCAAAUCAGCGGCUAAGCACAUAUCUCAGGAUGGACAGUGAAAUAAUGAGUAUGCCAGUAACCUUGAAUGGAGUAGUUAUUUCUGAAAGUCUACCAUAAGUUGUUUUAUUUGGUUACAUUGUUGGUCAACCUAAGAGUGUUGGAUAGUUCUAGGGAGUGGCCAUGCCCAUUUAUUGAAAAUAACUUUUGGGACCGUUGUUAAAAUUGUUAAAAUGGUAUUGUAAGUUCUGACCACCCCCCACCCGACCAGUACAUUUUAGAUACCAUUAUAAAUCAGUUUAGGUCAUUCCUUUUUUGUGGAAACUAUGGUUCUCUUUUGUUUCUUUAGAUUAUCCACGCUGGUGAGAAACUAAGGGAAAGCAAAAAGAAACAAAAAAUGGCAUCUGCAAAUUCAGCUUCAAACAGAGAUUGGGGAAAGGUCUGUUUAAAUGAACAGUUACUGAGUAGAAGAAGAAUUGUUUAUUGUUUUUACUUUUAUGCUUUCACUUCCAAGAGGGCUAAAAAUUUGCCCACUAAAGAAAAACGAAAUUUCCAAGCUAAUGUACUGCAAAAAAAUGGUAGCACUUCUUUAAAAGUCCAAGGAAAGAAAUUUCACGAGAAUUGCCUGAUGCUGCAUUUUAGGCAAGGCAAACACUAAGGCUGAUAUGUUGAAACUUCCACUUUUCUUGGUUUACGGUCAUCUCGCCACCAACGAAAUCGCCACAAAGUCUACUCACCUAGGAUUAGACGAGAUCUCAGACGAUAACCCCUGUCUACCAGUGGAUUGUUAUGCCUUGGAUUCUUGCUCCCGAUUUUCCAAUCUACGAAGGCUGCACAAUUGGCGGCGAGUCGCCUUCUUGGUGGCGAGAUGACCGUAAAGCAAAGAAAGUGCAAGUUUUGGCAUGCAAGCAUUAUUGUUUGCAGCAUCAGGCAAUUCUCGUGAAAUUUCUUUUCUUGGUGGGAUUCUGCAAGUUACGCUUUUAUCUAAAAAGUUUCAUAAAUUACUUACUUUGAUUAAACUUCAUUAGUUAUUAUUAUUGCUCGACAUACCUACGCCAUUGUCCAAACUCCAUAUCUUCUGAGUGUAAAUGUUUUCUUUGUACCAGAAGUCUUGAGGCAUGUCGGCAUAAACGCGAUUCUAAACCUCUCUUUGUCAUGUUGUGUUUUGUAGGGUAUGGCUUGUGUUGGUCGCACAAAAGUGUGUUCUAUAGUACCUCCAAACCAUUUUGGACCUAUUCCUGGUGUACCUGUUGGAUCAGCGUGGAAGUUCAGGGUUCAGGUUUGUAAUUGGAGACCUUUAGAUUGUAAGACUAGAAAGACUACGAGUACGAGAUUUUCUCAUACUAAAUAGUGCGCGCGCGUGAACCAGCGUCAUUUUGGCGGGAAAACGCGAUAGCCGUCAUCAUUCUACUACGGGUUUUAGCGAGAAUGUCGUGGUGACGGAAACAAGUUAUCAAUUGGUAGAAGUUUUAUUUGUCAGAGGGCUUAACCUCCUUCAAUAAAGAUAACUUUGCUAACUUUUCUGGUGAGUCAAAAGUACAAUGAAGCCUUCCAGGGUUUCUAUUUUUUUGAGAAUACGCGAAAAAAACUGUCAGUCAAAUUUCGUGCUCACAGUCGUUCUAUACUGUUAUAGACUACAGUCGAACUAAAUUUUCUCUGGCACACUUCAUUUUGACUUACAAAGCUCAUUCGCAUUAGUUUACACCUUAACUGCCAUUGUAGAAGCACGCCCCUUUUGCUACUUUUGACAUUAUCACUUUAAAAAUUCAAAGAUAACUUCGAUGGGCAACUUGUACAGGUGGCAGUGAUCUUUCGAACUAUGCCCAAAUGCCUGCCAUUGGGCUGUACAGGUCAGCCUUUUCACGGCACUAAGAUAGAGAUGUAUGGAGAUCCUGAAAGCUGACGCGAAAAACGCUUCCGGUUUUUAGGCCUCGCUUUCAUGCUUACGUCGUAAGUGUGUAUUCAGUUCAUUUUGCAACAAUGUUGCAAAACAAGUUGCACGUUUUUGUUGCCUGUCUUGCCGUACCUUCAUUUUCGCCUGACGUGUUUUCACAGCCUCCCUAGUGUCUGAGAACCUGGCACAGGCUUUAGAGCCAUGUCAUGGGCUCCUUGUCACGUGAAAUAUCGCGUAAUUUUGACGUAUAAAUUUUCAUACAAAUCUUGCCCAACGACCCGCCUGCACUUUCUGAUUGUUCAAGGUUCCGUGGCAUUUUCGGUAAAUUGUUUGAACUGAUUGCUUCUAAAGCAUCCCUUAAAAACCACAGAAAAUUCCCUCUUUUUUAUUUUAGGUGAGUGAAGCAGGAAUUCACCGGCCUCAUGUGAGUGGUAUUCACGGUCGAGAUUCCGAUGGUGCUUAUUCUAUUGUAUUGGCUGGUGGAUACGAGGAUGACUUGGUAAGUUGACCCUUUUACUCCCAAUAGAGGUUAAAGUAAAACAUUCACAAAAACUUUCAAUUUUUUGGUUUUGUAAAAUCCUACAAUUUAAAUGGUACUAUCCAAUAGUUCGGCUAAAGAGGAUUUCGCCUUCAGGUGAAAAAGUUUGAGUGAAAAAUCAUCGCUCCAUGGCUUGUUCUAUGAAUGAAAUCGGUAACCUUCUUUUGUAUACGAGCCAGCGUGGCAGACGUGCGAGGCAGAUGUUUCAUGCGAGGCAGUGAUAACACGUAAAAAAAUGAGGUCCACGCUUGGAUGGACAAGCCUCAAAUAAACGGCAGCUUUUUCCCGCGUAAUUAGACUCCGAGAGCAAGAUUAGUUCCCGCCAAAACUGCUCACUUUAACUUAAGCGUUAACGCCAUUUUUGUCAAAAAGGUGAGUGCACUUCAAGUGUUUCACAAGUACGCUUGAACACUUAGGAGCCUAGUGUGACCCUACCUGUUGAUGCCUUUGUACACAGGAAUACUGGAAAAGUCUCUAAGGGAGAUGUGAUGAGUAGUUUUAUCUUUUGAUUUUGUGGACCAAGUCCUAUACUACAGCCAAACGUGCGCCAGUAUGCACCUCCUUUAAACCCGCUAUCUUGUUAUUUCGUUAGGAUAAUGGAGAAGAGUUUUUCUACACUGGAAGUGGUGGGCGAGAUCUUUCCGGAAAUAAGCGCACAGCUGAGCAGUCAUGUGAUCAAACGCUGACGAAGAUGAAUAGGUAGUUACAAUCAAUAGGGAAGAUCUAAAGAAGGGGACGGCAGCGAAAAAGUUGCUUGAAAAGUAGCCUGCGAAAACAAACGUCCCCAGCGGCGCAGAGCGAGGAGGAACGGAUGUUUUCGCAGGCUACUUGAAAAGUGAAUUCACCUUCUUUGAAUCUUCAACGCCAUCACGCCAACUCAUUUACUUGGUCAAAUGUUGGCGACCUCAUUGGAGUUGAAUUCCUAAGAAAAAUUUCCAUGUUCUGAAGUUAUGUCGUCGCCAUUGUGCCAAGUCACUCACUUUGUCAAAUGUUUGUGAACUCCAUUCAAGUUGAAUUCCUAAGAAAAAUUUCCAUGUUCAGAGAUUUUGUCGUCGCUUGAUUACGUCCUCCUUAAAACGUGAAAUUGAAAAUUAUUCCAACUAAGGCACUUACUUUGUCAAAUGUAGGCGAACUCUCCUGGAGUUGAAUUCAAAAAAACCCUUUCCAAGUUCAGCAAAAGGAAGAAAUAAUUUUCGUCGUCGCUUGUUUACGUCUUCCAGAAAACGUGGAAUGAGGCAUUUUCAUGUCUACGUCGUGCAGUGACAAAAAGUGUGAAGCACGUGCAGAGUUGUUGUUUUGCAUAUUAUUUGCUUUUUUACCUUCUCGUUUCCGUCGCCGUCGUCGUUGCUUAAAGCCCCGUCCAAAUGAACGCAACAUUAGCCUGCGAGCAUCUCCGGGUUGCUCUGGCGGCGGAGCGGGAAAAGGAAAGAGAGCUUGCAACUUCGUCUCUGGAUUUUGAAUAUCUGCAUCGAAAAAGUCGAUGCGAAAUGCUGAUUGGCGGAGAUGACGUUAGUUAUGACGUCAUUACCCCUUGGCACGUGUUUUUCAAUGUUUGUUUACAUUCGUGCUCGUUUCCGCUUCUCGCUGAUUGGCGGAAAUCUGACAGCUCAGUCGACAGGGAGCAACAGGGGAAUUGGAGGUGGAAUUCAAAUUCCAGAGACAUAGUUGCAAGCUCUCCUUCCUUUUCCCACCACGCCGCCAGAGCGCCCCGGAGAGCUUGCUCGCAGACUAACUCAACAUUGUUGGAUGUUACACGUUGCAUCCGUUUGCAUACCCUGUUGCAUGUUGUUGCUUGUUGUUGGGAGUUGUUCUGCAAAGUAUGGAACCGAUCAAACGUUCAGAAACAAUGUUGGAAGUUUUUGCGUCCGUUUGCACCUAACUUUAAGAGUCGGUUAAGGCUCAACAUCGAUGUGUCGAGCGUUGCACCUAAUGUAUUAAACAGUUAGUGAUAGGACGUUUUAUGUUCCAGGGCACUUGCAAAAAAUUGUGCAGCACCCUUGAGUGACAAGGAAGGAGGGGAAGCUAAGAACUGGAAAGAAGGCAAAGCUGUGAGAGUUGUAAGUUUCGGAUCAAUUUAGGUUAUUUGGAAACUGCCCACCUACCCUUCCCCUAACCCAACAUUUUGCCCCAAGUGAGAAGUAAGUGUUAAUGUUAAUUUAGGGAAGGGGUAGGUGGGCAGUUUCCCAGAAACCCUAAAUUGAUCAAAGUGUUUUUAAACUACUUCAGGUUUUUAAUUUAGUGUUGGGCUGGGGAGGUACCGACGUCCUGAAAUAAUUACUAAGUUAAAAAUGCCAGGAAGGUAGAUUCAGUAAGAUAAGUUAAAUAAAAUAUUCUUAUCGUAGGUACCAAAAUUGCUGAAACGGAGGUACAACGAAGGUUACAACAACCGUGUCAGAAACUAAAAACUUUUUGAACCCUGCUCUAUGCCUUUACGUCACAGGUUAUUGAAGUUAAGCCAUUGACCCUGUCUCUCCUUUAUACAUCCUCAUGCUCGACUGUGAACAGUCUCUUGAAAGGUUUUCGGGUUUAGAUUUAGUGGGGGAGUACACCAGGAGACGCGAGAAAAGAGGGCGGCUCUCCCGUCUCCCGCCUUCAGUCACGCGCGUGGUCAUUUUCGUGUCUCGCGAGUUUGCUCGACGGACAAAGAAAAAAGAGACACUGCUCGUAGUCUAUCCUUGCUCUUAGUGUUUGAGGUUUUUUUCAUCCAUGAUGUUACAGGUCAGAAGUAGCAAGUUGGCUAAGCACUCAAAAUACGCUCCAGUGGAUGGCAACAGAUAUGACGGGAUAUACAAGGUAAGUGCAGCCAGACAAUGUACUCCCCUGAGCAGGUUUGACUUGGGUUAAAAAAAAAAACUAACCCAACGGACAAGCCAAUGAGGUGAGGUUCACCGUUGCUGAGAUAUUAUUCUUCCGUGAAUUACCUUAAACUGGAUUAUUCAACAAAUAGUCGUUUUUUCUGUAAAAAGCUAUUUGAAAACUUACCACUUAUUCGUUUACACGAUCUUUUCAAUGCAUUUUUACUUUUUUUGUUUUCAAUCACCCUCCUAUGCCCUCACCUCUUUCUGAUCUCCAUUAAUUUAAUAAAUUUAUCAAAGUGAAGUAUUUUAUUCUACAGGUUGUGAAAUACUGGCCCGAGAAGGGUAAAUCGGGAUUCAUUGUGUGGAGAUACCUGUUACGCAGAGAUGACGAGGUACUGUGCACCGGUUGGAUGAAAGUUCUGUAGUUGAGUGAAUACUGACUUCUGAUUGGAUAAAAUUAUGUGGGAGUCACGCAAUACUCGGGAGUUACGUCACGUGUUGCAAAACAAGUUACCUUGCGCCGGUCAAACGAGCAACAUGUACAGAUUUUGUUGCAAAAGCAGGGUUGUAAAGGUCAUUGAAAACCUGGAAGGUCAUAAAAUUUAAGAAUUUCGUUUCCCAGGACUGGAAAGUCAUCGAAUUUAACUUUACCCCCCCUCCCCACUCCCCAAAUAAUUUUUUUUCGUACGGUUAAGUUGGUUCCGUGUGAACUGAACACCUAAACGCACGAAAUAUCAACCGGUCGAAAAUUUCUCCGGGGUCGUUUAAUGUGACCCUGAUUCACUCAACAGACGCCUGCUCCAUGGACAAAGGAGGGAAAGAAGUUAAUACAGGAGCUGGGAUUGAAGAUGCAGGUGCGACAAACUUUGUAACCCUGUAACUCUCCAGAAUCAUUUCAUUACUACAUAAACCGGGCCGAGUUUCUCCAGAGUUGGACUGUAACGGCUUGGAAACUAAAAUUUCGAGGACGUUUUGGGACUUUUUACAUUCAGGGCAUGAAUUUUUCGUCAUUUCAGGCCAUGGAACCUAAAAAUGAGCCUAGCUAGCUGUAAAAAGGGGCAAUACGGAGGAAAUGCGUCCUAGCCGGCAUGAUCACAUGCUGUUUACGGAAAAUUCUCUCAUCCAUGUCAGGAAAUUCUGUAUUUUAAAGCCUGCCCUAGGGCAUGACUCAGCAACUAAGGACAUUUCUGCUACGUUUUCAAUGUUGGUUAGCAUGCAAGGAUUUUUCCCAUGCCUAUCGUCAAUGAUUUGCUCACUGGUAAUAGAGGGGGUGGCCCCAGAGUGGUUUUGCAUUGAAAUUGGCAUGCAACAGAAUUUCGCAUGCCCUGUAAGCACAAUUUGAGGUUCCGUGACCUUCUCACCCAGGCCGCGAGAAGCCUAGGUUCUAGUAAUAAGUAAUUCAUACCCAGCAAAAUCUCCGGCAUGCCGGGCAUGCCACAUUCUCUGACAUGCCCGGCAUGACAAAUUCUCUAGCAUGCCGGGCGUGCCAUAAUCUGGGUCAUGCCGGGCAUGCCAAAAUCGGUCUCUGGCAUGCUCUCAACGCACAGGUUAUAAUUCCUUGAAUCUACAGAUAUUUUAAGCGUGGCUAAAAAAAAAAAAUAAACAGAUCACCGUGCUUAUCUUUUGAUGUACGGUUACACGAUGACGUCAUUGCUAUUCCAUUUGGUUGUCCCAGCGAAGUUUAAAUAACAAAAGCUCUAAUUUUCACAAGAAAGUAAAACCCUGAGGGAUUCUGCCGUAGUGAUAAAACAGCGUCAUCGUGGAGAUGACCUGUUGGGGGAUUGUAAAAACUCCUCACCCCUUUUAAUGAGUCUUUAAUAGGAUUCCCAUUUCACAUUGCGAAUAAAAUGGAAUUGACUGAAAUCAGUAAAAAGAGAGACAGACACUAUUUUCAUUGUAUAAUAAAAUGCAUUUAUGUUCCAUGGAAGCUUUUAAAAAUACAAGGUUAUAGAAUAUCUUUCAAAGUUCAUUACAAACUGAGCUAAGCCCCAAAAUCAUUGUUCAUUAUUCAGUAAAUUAUGAUGUUUGACAAUGCAAUGUGCUUGAAUAUAACGUUGCAAUUACAAAUCUCUCUAAAGCAAAUUUCCCUACGUUAGAAAAGCUGUUUUUAUCUUGUUUCACAUUUUGAUAAGGAGUCUGAGUUCCUCUUUCUUGUUUUGUAGGCUUGCCUGGGAUUAAUGUUUUUGUGUCAUUACCAGUGUCUGUUUUCUCUGUUUUUAACUCAAAGUAAGUCAGUAAUAACUGACAGUAUCAAAGAAUUGCUCUCUAGAAAAGUAAUUAUCUCCUCGUCAUGUCUGGAAGUUACCUGUAACAAAAAAGAAAUGGAAUGUUAACACAUGCAAGGGCAAUAUGAGAAAAAAGAAAAAGAACAUGUAGAGCUCAGCUUCUCUUAACAUAUUUUCAUACUGGCUUGUUGAGUCUGUUAAAGGUCGCAACUAAUUAUCUGAGGUUAAUUUCACAAGAGUGUGCAAUUGAGAUAAAUGCAUGGUAAAUAAAGUGAAAGAAACGUGGUUUCACAUUAGCCAAUUUACAUUGCGUUGUUCGAUGCUGUUUACACGCUCUUCUACUGCGAAAUAAACCUUUGCAUUUGGAUUUGCAAGUCAAGAUUAUACCAAGUUUGACUGGCUUAAUAGAACAACAGUUUCAUUUUUAAGCAGGUAAGGUGUAGACCCAUAUAAAGCCGAAAUAUGUAAAGGAAACUCAGCGAAAACUUUUUCGCAUCUUUUUGUGGCGAUUUUCUCUUACGGCCCGUCAACUGAUUAGGGGAUGCGAAGAAAAAAUAAAUUAGGACCAAAGGUUAAAGCCUGUCCGGUUACACCAUUUGGUAUGUUACCUAGAGUUCUAAUAAAUAGGUCAUAAAAUAGGAUUUAACGAGAGCGAAUUUGUUUCUCAAUCGGUGUAUAAAAAAGUGAAGCUAUCAAAUGAGAAGUUUAUAGAGUAUCAAAAUUAUUAAAGUAAAAGCUCAUAUAAUUAGGAAAAUUCCUAUACGAAAACAAUGCUAGUGACAUUAAAUUGAUCAGAUAAAAUUCUGAGAAAAUAUGUCGAAUAAAAGCCUCAUUGUUUGCUUUUGUUUUUGCGUAGAGGUAAAUUUUUCGGCCCACAAAGCAAAGUUGAAAAAGCGACUAAAUCUUAGUUUUUUACAUUGAACAUGUUUAUUAGCUUAGUUUUCUUCCGUUUUAAAAGCUUUAUAACCCAGUCAUAAUUUUCGGAUUAAAAUAGUACAAAAUCAUUUCAAAAACCAUGUUCAUUUAAAGUAGAGCCAGCAAACGUGAACAUUUUGUAAUUCAAAAGUAGGACCCAGCCAGGUUGUUUAAGCUUAGAAUUAUUUGCAUUUUAGCGUCCUAUAAAUUUACCAGAAUCGCCUCUCAGAGGCUUACUGUAGCAAAGCAUUUUGUAGUACACUCGUAGACAAGCAAUGAAAGCCUUAAGUCUUUGCUUGGAUGAGAUGUCCAAAAGAAAAAUUAGUUUUGUGGACCUAAACGCACAUUCAGACUGCUUAUAUUGAGUUGUUUACAACUUUGCAUUGACACCUGCAGCGUGUUCAUUUUUAUAAAGCGAAAUCCAAAUCUGAUUUUGGCAUUUGAUUUACGGAUAUUUUAUUUUGUCUCCAAAAGUGAUUGUAAUAUCCGUUUGGUUGUCUUUCGAACAACAGUCAAACUAUGCAGCAAAAAUAAGUAACUUUACCAGUACAGUGAAAAAAUAUGACCGUAGGUGCCAAACAUAAUUAUACUCGAGCUAUAAAAUUCGAUCUGACUUUUUUUAGCUUUGGUUUCUUUAUUUUUGAGGUUUUCUCUAGUCUUCUUAGCAGCAGAACAAGAUUACAAGACAUACAAUCAGAAACAAUCCGAAGUGAACGAGUUGACAACCACUUAUGACACUUAUGCCGGAGUUCUGAGGCAUGUUCAACAGUAAGAUAAACUGAAUGCCAAAAGACUAAUUCACGGGAUUUGGUCGAUAUUCAGGCUUUUUCUUUACCAAAUUAAUACUAAAUUUGUACUUACAGUCUCUCGCAGAAUCCAUUUCUUGUCCAGCUUUCACCAACAUCUCAACCAUGCACCGCAGAAAAAAAAGACAAACAAAUGCGAAGAGACAUGACGACAUCGUGACGCCACAACUGCCACGCUACAACAAACUAGAUUCAUCGUCAUCCGAAAACACUUCUGCGGAAAUUCGGCCGAUUUCGUACGUGCUCGGGGUAUCUUCGGAUGACGCAGAUGACGUUGCUCAAAGGACUAUCGUCAGCAAGGACUAAAACAGUUUGCGAGAUUCGCAUAGCCGACAAGGAGCGCACUGAAAAACUAAGCAAAAUCUCUCUGAGAAGGCAGUCCAAAUUCACCAGAACAGAACGUCUUUGCAGUAUUAACGUCGUACUCUCGUACUGACUUGAACGACCUGGUAAGCUUAAUUUUCACCAGUCUUUUAUGCUGUUGACCAGGAAACAUUCCGACGCGAUAAAACUUAAGCAUGGAUAAGUUUAUACUGAGAAGAUUUGUUAUCUUAUUGUUUAAGACGCUUUUCCGCGAUCAAAUUUAAAUAUGGACCCAGAAAUGUCAGUAUCGGUUUGAAAUAAAAGGAUUAAUCUUUGAUUGCAAGUUAAGUAUUCUAUUUUAUGCAUGAAUAAUGUUGUUUUGUUGUGCUUUUUAUUUAUAAAUCCAGGCUUCUGUCUUCGGUUUUGCCAGUCGAUCCCGUGACACACAUUGUGACAAACAUGACUUUUUUUGUUAUAAUCUGCAUUUAUUGCCAGGCAUGAAACCUGUAACUUCAAGCUCCCUAAGAUAUAUUUGGCGAUUAUAUGUGAUUCUAGGGAUAUGAUGCUGAAGCGAACAUCAAAAUCAGUCUCGCUGGGCAUGCCAAUUUCUUGCCUGGCAUGCCGGACAUGCCAAACCAACUGGCUUCACCAUCGGCAUGCCCGGCAUGCCAAACCAGAGGAGCAAAAACUGGGAAUGAAUUAUCAACCCGGCGAGAGAUCUGGGACCCAAGUUUAGCUGGGUCAAUUUAGGUCAAUUUUGGGCUGCGAGGGCAUGAACCCUU